AUGGGAGCAGGAAUCUCCUCACACUAUGCCAGCAGCAGCUGGUACAGUUGUGAAAGACCAGCCAUGUCCUUCUUCAUGUUUCCUCGGAGGAGAGAAUAUCCUGGUGCAGACCUCCUACACCAAAAGCUAGUGAAAAAAAAUAGGCUCCGCGUGAGGCCGCGGCUCCCGGAGCGGCACGUGGGCCUGAAAAAGCUUGUGGCGAAGGGGGGCAAAACAAAGAAGCAGGUUUUGAAGUUUACCCUUGAUUGCACCCACCCUGUAGAAGAUGGGAUCAUGGACGCUGCUAAUUUCGAGCAGUUCCUCCAGGAGAGAAUCAAGGUGAACGGCAAAGCUGGGAAUCUCGGCGGAGGGGUUGUGACCAUCGAACGGAGCAAGAGCAAGAUCACUGUCACUUCCGAGGUGCCUUUCUCCAAAAGGUAUUUGAAAUAUCUCACCAAAAAAUAUUUGAAGAACAAUCUCCGAGACUGGUUGCGUGUUGUCGCCAACAGCAAAGAGAGCUAUGAGCUGCGUUACUUCCAGAUUAACCAGGAUGAAGAGGAGGAGGAGGAUGAGGAUUAAGACGCAUUGGUCUGGAAUGUUUUGUAUUAAUUCAUAAAUAAAAUUUAGGAACAAA